AUGGUGCGCAAGGAUGCUAAUUCAUACCCUUCAGCCAAAUACCAGAAGCUCUGUCAGGAGGACGAUGGUUUUGUCGAUGCUCAGUUUAAGACAAAGGCACAACGCAUUCCAUGGAAAGCCAUUGGAUACGCGCUUGUGUUGUUCUCAGCUGGCACCCUCCUGCUGGUGAUUGGGAGUCUCCUUGUCACUGGCUACAUUGAGGAGAAAUAUGCAGACCGCACAUGGCCCGUUAUCGUGCUCGGGGCACUCAUGUUUAUCCCUGGUGCCUACCACUCCUACAUCGCCUACUACGCCUUCCGAGGUUAUGAAGGAUUCUCCUUUGAUGACAUACCAUCCUUUGAGGAUGAAUAG